AUGCGAUUUUUCACAGUUAUUCUUAUUUCUUGGAUAUUCUUCUUCCCUUCAAAUGCUUCUAACCUCGUAGAAGACAUCACAGACAAGGAGGAAGCAUCAAACGACGAUCAUCUGCAGACAUUCCCCACACCUCCACCCAUCGGAACAACCACCUCCACUGCAGACGCACUUUUCACGAGAAUGAAUGAGAUUUUGAGGAAAGAGGACAAAGAAAAAUCACAAAAUUUUCAAGUUUUCACUGAAAAAGACCUAGUGGCGAAUUCCAAUACAAAUCCAUAUUUCUCAACGACUCGGAAGCCGAAAAAUCGAUCAGAUUCAUCGCAAAAAGCACGGGAUCCAGACUCACAACAUAACCAAGUUAUAGCAGGGAUUCCAGACUUGAGUGAUCCAUGCUUCCGUCGAUACGAGAACUCGAUAAUCGUGAACGCUCAACCAUACGAAAGACGCUCAUCGACGGGAUUAAUUCACUGCAAAUCGCACUGUCUCAAUAGCCAAAUCGGUGUUUAUAGUUGUCGAUCGUUCGUUUAUGACAAUGUGAAUCGGGUGUGUGAUCUCUUCGCUCAUGUUGGAGACCAAGCGCCCGCCCGUCUUCUAAAAUUCCAAACCCGUGACUACUUCGAACCAACCGAUAUCGUUCAUUGCCUCUCUCUCAUCAACUCUGUGUCUCGAUCCACUAAUGAAGACUCGGAUUCUGAAGAGAUCUCCCCACCAAGUCCUCCACCGUCCGCUCCAAUUAUAGCACUGGCCACGAAUACUGAUAAGCGAGAUGAGGAUGAGACAGAGAGUGUGACAACUGAAAAGAUAGAGGAUAUAACAGUUUCAUCGACGUCUUCUGAAAUCUCUCCGGAUGACAAUUGUCCACGUGGAAAACAAUCGACAUUUUUGAGAACUGAGGGAUUCGAGUUGUUCAAGCACGACGAACAGGAGAUGGUUGUGGAUGAUGUGGCAGAGUGUGCGAAGGCGUGUAUUGAGAAUAAGGGUUCCAUGCCAAGGCUGGCGUGCAUUUGGCGCGAUUACUCGUGCUGGCGUGGAAGCUCCCGUCAAAGUUCUUAG